AUGGAGCGAAACGCUCUGAAUCGGCAGCUUCUGCAGCAGAAGCUCGCACUGGAGGAGCAACUGCGCGCGGAGCAGCAGCGCCAGCAGCACUCGGCGACCGUCCCCGCCGUGGCAGGCGACGGCAAGGGCGACGCGGAGCAGUCGCUGAAACCCGUGCACGCAUGGCGGUGGGAGCAGCAGCAGCAGCAGGGGCAAGCGGGUGGGUCGGAUGAGAAGGCGCUGCCUCUGCAGCAGCAGAAGCAGCAGCACGAGUCGGGGCAUCAGCAGUCGCACGAACAGCAGGAGCUGGGAUCGCAGCAGAACGAGCGUGAGGGGGAGCAAGGCGAGCAGGAGUCAGCGUGCUUUGCCCCCUCAGUGUCCACACCCCAGCUAUGCCGCCCGCCAAGGGCGCAGCAGCGGUACAGGCAGAGCGAGAGCGAGCAGCAGCAGGAGGAGGAGGGGCGGGACAGCGAGCAGUCUCCGCAGAUCCACUCGCUCUCACCCUUGCAGCCGCUUUCCCCUGCUGCCCCGUCGGUGCUUCUGUCAGAAGAACGGCAGCAGAAGCAGCAGCAGCAAGAGCAGCAAGAAAAGCAGCAGCAGCAGCAGCAGCAGCAGCAGCAGCAGCAGCAGCAGCAGCAGCAGCAGCAGCAGCAGCAGCAGCAGCAGCAGCAAGAACAGCAGCAGCAGCAAGAGCAGCAGCAGGGGCAGCAGAAGCAGCAGCGGCAGCAGCAGCAGCAGCAGCAAGAACAGCAGCAGCAGCAAGAGCUGCAGCAGGGGCAGCAGAAGCAGCAGCGGCAGCAGCAGCAGCAGCAGCAGCAGCAGCAGCAGCAGCAGCAGCAGCAGCAGCAGCAGCAGCAGCAGCAGCAGCAGCAGCAGCAGCAGCAGCAGCAGCAGCAGCAGCAGCAGCAGCAGCAGCGGCGGCGGCGGCAGCAGGAGCACCAGCAGGCGUUCUGCACCUCUGCCGCUGGUGCGGUGGGUGGUGGCGGCUUGGGUGGUGUGCAUGGUGUGGGUGGUGUGGGUGGGGUGCAUGGUGUGCGUGGCAGUGGCAGGCAUGGCAGGGAUGCGGAGAUCCAUGCGGUGAAGGAGCAAGUGUUUGGCAUCCAGGGCCCAUUCAACCCGCACCAACUCGAGAUCAUCCGAGCACUACUAGCGCGGCCGCCCAGCAACGUGCUGGCGGUGCUACCGGCGGGCAGCGGCAAGAGCCUGUGCUUCCAGCUCGCCGCCGUGCUGCUGGGGGGCGUCACCCUCGUCGUCAGCCCCUUCCGCGCCCUCAUCCGCAACCAGGUUUGCUGGGUGGGAGAGGUGGGGGGAGGGAGGGAGGGGAGGGUCGUGUGGGGGAGGGAGGGUAGGGGGGGGGACGUGGGGAGUAGGGGAGAGAAGGGAAGGGAUGUGUGGGGAAGCGAGGGAGGGGAAGGGACGUGGGGAAAGGGUGCGGGAGAGGAGAGUGAGUGUGUGGAGAAGGACAGAGGGGAGGGGUUGGGAACAGGGGGAGGGAAAACGGAGGCGCAUCACUGCAACGGCAGCGACCCCUUCCGCCCCUUCCUCAAGAUAGUGGGCGAGCAUCUGCGUGGCUGCUUCCCAGGCGUGCCUGUCUUCGCCAUCACUGCGACAGCCAACGAGGCAGCACAGCAGGAGCUGAGGGCGAGGCUGGGACUGCAGAUGAGCAACACGCAGACCUUCGUCUCCUCCAUCCGCCUGCCCCACAUGCACUACGAGGUGCGAGUGAAGCGCAAGAGUGUGGUGGCAGACAUGGUGGAGUUCAUUCAGAGCACGUACCCCGGACACACAGGCCUCGUGUACUGCUGGCGCCGCGAGGACACCGAGGAGGUGGCUCGGAAGCUGCGGCAGGCAGGGGUGUCAGCGCUGGCGUACAGUGCAAAGCUGGGCGUGGCUGACAGAGACGACCACCAGGACAGGUGGCGGAAGAAGGAAAUUCAAGUUCUUGCAGCAACGAACGCCUUUGGAGCGGGCAUCCACCAGUCUGAUGUGCGGUAUGUGAUCCACUACAGCAUGCCCAAGUCCAUGGAGAGCCUCUACCAGGAGAGUGCGAGGGCGGGCAGGGACAAGCUGCCAUGCCACUCCAUUGUCUACUUCUCCCCCGCAGACCUCGGCUACAUGAAGCGCGCAUGUGGGCCCGGGAAGAUACGCGAGUUCCACACCUGCAACCAAGUCGCCGCCUACUGCAUGAAUCGCAGUGUGUGUCGGCACAAGCUGCUGCUGCGCCACUUUGACCUUGACAGCCCCGACGAGCAGCCCUGUGGAGGCUUUUGUGACAACUGCAGCAACUCAAGGGGCUUCGAAGAAAAGGACGUCACUCCAUACGCCAUGCUGCUGGCGCGCAUCCUGGCGGACUCGCCCACGCCCCUCACCGCCCCCCAGCUCGCCAACGAGUUCUUCCGCUCCGGCGCUGCCUCCGAGGCGGCAGCACUGAUGAGUCAAUCUCAAGCUCAAAUGGCUGCACAGCCCCCAGGUCAAGACGCCGCAAUGCCUGCUGCCACCGCCGCUGCUGCUAUGCCUGCUGACUCCACCACUGCUGCUACGGUUACCACUGCUGCUGUGUCUACCGCUGGUGCUGCUGGUGCUGCGGUUACCAGUGGUGUUGCUGCUACGGCCGGUGCAGCAGACAGCAGUGCUGUGGGGGAAACCAUCUCGCCUGACGCUGCGCUUGCAACCCCUCCAUCCGCUGCUGCUGCAGCUGCUGAUUCCAUCUCCCAUGCUUCCACUGCUUCCACCGCCCUUAGUGAAACAGCACAACCCCUCCCACACACCCCGCUCCCUGCUCCUGUCACUCUCUCAUCUUCUCCCACUGCUGCCGCCCCUGCCACUCCAGCCGCCCCUGCCACUCCAACCGCCUCCGCCACUCCUACUCCUGCCACUCCUGCCACAGCCACUGUUGCCCUCCAAGCACCCGCACCACCGGUGGCAGUGAAGCCUCUGCCCCGUGCGGUGGUGCAGCACCUCAUUCUGCUGCUCGUGUGCCAGGGCUACUUGGUGGAGGCGGUGCAGGGAGUGGGGGAGAGCAAGGUGGUGCGCCUGGUUCCCACGGACAGGACCGAGGACAUGGUGGCAGGCCUCGUGCCCAUGUCCAUGCCACUCCGCCGUCCCGCGCCGCCCAGGAGCCGCCUUGCCAAGGCAACUGCAGCAGAUGCCUUUGGUGGGAGAUUGAAGGGGGGCGAGGGGGCAGCAGGCAAGGAGGGGAGGGAGGGGGUGUCGAGUGAGAGGGAGGGCAGGGAUGAGUGCGCAGAUGUGCUUGUAUCGGACUGGCAUGGGGACUUUCUGGAUGAUGAGGACGGGGGUGAGGGGGAGGAGGAUGGGGAGAAGGGAAGAGAGGAGCAAGUGGAGAAGGGAGGGGAGGACGAGGAGGAGGAGGAUACAGUGACGGUUGCUACCAGGGUGGAGAGAAGGAAGAUUGCCAAAGCCAAGGCUGCUGGAGAGAGGGCAGAAAGGGGCGGACGGAAAGUAAGGGGGAGGGAGAGGGGGAGGGGGACGGGGAUAGGGAAGCGGAAGUGGAAGGGUGCAGAGCAGGAGGAGGUGCAGGAAGGGGAUUCCACUGCGGAGAAAGAAGGGGAGGAAGGGAGCCAUGGGGAGUUGUUGGCUGGUGCUGUAGCUCCUGCUGCUGCAAAGGAUGGUGAAGUGCAGGUGGGCGCGUUGAGCAGGGAGGGUGGGAGGGGGAGGGUGAAGGGGACGGGGAAGCGGAAGCGGAAGGGUGCAGAGCGGGAAGAAGUGCAGAAAGGGGAUUCCACUGCGGCGAAAGAAGGAGAGGAAGGGAGCCAUGGGGAAUUGUUCGCUGGUGCAAGAUCUGCUGCUGCUGCAAUGGAUGGUGAAGUGCAGGUGGGCACAUCGACCAGGGGGGGUGGGAGGGGGAAGCGGGGAAGGCAGGGCAAGGGGUCUUCACGUGGCGCAUACAAGUCCAGAGCUGUCUCGCCUGCUAGGGCUG